GAGAACGUAGAAUAGCUAUGUGUAUUGUAGUCUAGCUACAAAACAAUAAACAUUUUAUUGGUCUUUACGUCCAAAGGAUUAAACAUUUUUUGUUGUUGAUAUCCUCUGUUUUUCUAAAUAAUCUGUUCUCUUUGUGCCAUUUUGUUAUUCCAUUUUUAUUCCAUUUAUUUUCACUUCUUUAAAUAAUAGGAUCAAUUUUAUUUCUCUCUAAGAAGAGAAGCUCAAAAAAUCAUAGAGAGAUUUUUUCUUUCUUUACUGUCGGCUAUUGUUGCUUACGAAGUUAAUUUUUUUUGUGUUCACUUUCUUCGUAGACAAAGCAGAAGUACAUUUUUUUUGCUGAUUGGAGUAGAGCUUAAUUUUAUCAUUAUUAGUGCACUAUCUUUUAUAUUAGAGAAACUUGUAAAGCGUACAUUGUUAAAGUUUUUUAUUGUGCUUCUUCAUCAUUAUUUCUGACUCCAGUGGCACAAGAAGUAGGCAAAAAAAAAGAAAGGAUUAUCAUCAAGAACGGAAUUCUAUUCCAUAUUAUAUACGUAUAUAUAUAUUUCAUAUUUUAAGUAUAUCAUCAAUCCCCAACAUAUUGUGGUGGCACACCACGUUGCGCUGUUUGUAUUCUGCCAAGAAAGGUAAGGAAAAUAAUAAGGUGUUUCUUCUGAAACCAUACACAAUUUGAAUAUAUAUAUAUAUUUUUUAGUCACCUAAUUACACUACUGUUAAAAACGAAAUAGAAAGUUUAGCCGAAUAUUACUGUGUCGCCACGCAGAAUUAGAGCUUACCACACAGGAAGGUGUAAAACCCUCGGAUUUCAAGAAUAGUAAAAAACAUAAAAGCACAUCUACCCAAAAGUGAUAGAGGGUGGGAAAAAAGGUAAAGUAGUGUAUAAGUUACUGGGAAGGAGAGCAUCACAAAUCCACGGGCGAGGCAAGUGGAAAAGAGGAGGAUGACGGAAUGUCUGGAGGAGGCAUUGCAGAUUGCCGAAGAGGAAUUUAUCUUCAACGAGUACGCAGUUGAUGACACGCUCGACCCACUGAGUAAAUUAGUUCAAUACUAUCAAUCGGACUUUUCACUCCAGCGGCUGAUGUUGGUGCGGGAAUUAUGCGAUACCGCCGAAUACGCUGGGUACUCCGAGAGCGCCAAAUUGAUCGUGCCGCUCCUUGCGCAGUUCACGGCGGAUUCGGAACCUGCGGUGCGGCAGACCUUACUCCAACAACUUUUCCCCCUUGCCGAGUUCUUUAUUAAGGAAGGUGGAGAGAGCGGUUACGAAUGCCUCCUUAGCACCUUCUUGCCGAUGAGUUUUGAGCUUAUCGUGGACAAAAAUGUCGAGGUGGGGGCGGCCGCUCUGCAAACGGUUGAGGCACUUGCUAGGCUCGUGAGUCCGGAGCAUGUUCAGGCGCAUUUGCUCAGCGUGAUCAUCGCCCUCGCGCACGACGAGCGUGCGGAGGACUACCGCGUGGUCGCCGCGCGGCUUUUUAAUGAUCUCGCCCCAGUCCUGGGCGAGGAAUACUGCACAACGGUGGUCCUGCAGGAGUUGGAAUUGCUCUCGAACGACUCGAGUUUUUCCGUCCGUAAGACCGUAGGGGCUUGCCUUGGUAGGAUGUGCUGCGUCUUGAAGAACAGUGCGGCGGCUCAAAAGGUGAUUGUGUCUUUGUAUUUGAAUCUUUGUCAGGACGAUAUUUGGGGCGUCCGACAGGCCUGUGUGGAUUCGAUAGAAGAGCUUUCGCAGGGACUACCCGAGGAGGUGCGGAUUGAACAUCUCCUACCCGCCUUCCAGCAGCUACUUGAGGAUAACUCCCGUUGGGUUCGUGACCGUGCGUAUGGGGCCCUCGGGUGCCUGAUUCACACCCUGAAGAAUGAGGACAUCGAUCCUGAACUUUUGCAGCUUUACACCAACAUGGCUUUUCAGUCUGAGAAUGGUGACUGCGAGUUGAGUGAGUACUGCGCCUAUUCUUUCCCAGCAAUCGUGCAGGCGAUCGGUCCGGGGCGCUGGGAUGAGGUUCAGGACGCCUAUUGCACGAUGCUCAAGGACGUCCAAUGGAAGGUUCGAAAAUCACUCGCCUACUCCCUGCAUGUUGUGGCGAAGAUUUUAGGAACGGAGAUUACCGAGAAAAGUUUGGUACCCGCCUUUCAUCUUCUGCUCAGUGAUCUUGAUGAUAUUAAGCUAGGUGUAGUGCUGAGUGUUGAGAAAUUUCUUCAAGUUGUGACCCCCAGCACCCUUAAUGAUCUUAUCCCCGUGCUUUGUCAUGUCCCUCUUGAGAGUGAAAACUGGCGGUUGAGGAACGAAGUGGCGAAACGCAUUGGUGACGUCGGCGUCCUCCUCGAGCCAUCCAAUCCGACGCUGAAUAUGGCGACAUCAUUAGUGAUACGAUUGUUGGAUGAUAGCGUCAUGGAGGUGCGUGCCUCAACCUACCGCCCCGCCGCGGUGUUGUUAAAUCACCUCGCGAAGGAUCAACAACUGAGAGACUCCAUUUCGUCCACCAAUUCCACGUUUAUUUCGUACCUAAAUACCAUCAUCAGACUAGCCGACCGGAUGAGCUUCCAAGGGCGACAAAUGUUCGCCUAUGUCACCCAGCAGACCGCUGAAAUCGGGGCGAAUGAUGUUGUCGAGCAGUUCCUGCUGGAUGGCUUGCUAAGGCUGACCUCCGACAGCGUCAGUAAUGUUCGUUUAGUCAUUCAGCGCGUCAUGCAGGAAACGUUUUUGCGAUUACCGGCGUGGAAGGAUCAUCCGAAGAUUACCACCAUCAUGGCCUCAUUGCAUGUUCAUGACUCCGAUGACUUGCGAGGCGAUGAAGAGGCCGCCAUGUUCGCCUAUCCAAACCAGCAGCAAGAUUCAACAUUUCCGAGAGGAAUAAAAGAGACAUCGGGUGGGGAGACUUUCCCAGAGGAGAACAAUGGAUUUAAUGGGAAUGCCGUGGCCAGUCCUCCUCAGAGAAUAGUUUAUGAUGAAGAGUUGUCUAACGGUGUCGAGCAUGACGAUAUUAAUGAGGGCACUAGCGAUGGUGAUGCCGAUGAGAGUGCUGCGGCGUCGGUCUCGGCGGAUGCCGAGACGGCUGCUUCGGACAAAUUGAAACCAACGUCGCCGGUAGCGUGUUGA